CAGAGGAAAGACCCAUUACCAACCGGGGCUCGGAAACCCGAGAAAACCUAAAGACAGAAAGAAGUUAGUGAUACUCAAAAGAAAGCCAAACUUUUCAGGGCACAAGGCCCUGAGAGGAUAGAAGAAGCAUGGGAAGAAGAGAGUAAACAAACUGUCUGAUCACUGCACGGGAAAUAUCGAGUCAACGAACUGACAAGGUAGCAAGACCAGUGAGUUUGGGGAGUUGCACUACAGUAUAUACAGAGCUGCAGCGUGGGGAGAAAAACCUUCCACUUGCUGCAGAGUCAAAAGAAGUGAGAGAUUUUGGGCUGAAGCUGACGGUCACGAGGGUGAUGAGGAUUUUCAACAGGAACUUUCGCCUCCAGGACAUCACCAUCAUGUACUUCACCGCCCUGGCUACUCUAAUGAUCAUCUUAGUUGCUUCGUACCAGGCGCCGAGCAACGCCGUCAACAUGUCCAACCUCAAACCAAAAACCUCCAUCCCUCUCCCGCCUCUCCCCAUGCCCUUCCAUGUGCCCCUUGACCCACGCGGGGAGCUCCAGCUGGCCUGGAACAUCAGCUAUGACAACCAGGAGGUUUACAUGCAGCUGAGGGUGGCAGAGCUCAGAUAUGGCGUGGUGCUGGGGAUGUCCGACCACGGGGAGCUGACUAAUGCUGACCUCGUAGUGCUGUGGGACACUGGGACCAAGAGCUUCUUUGGGGAUGCAUGGAGUGACAGCGAGGGUCACGUUUCGUUGGACAGCCAGCAAGAUUAUGAGCUGCUUGAAGCCAAACAGAAACCAGAUGGAUUCUACCUGCUCUUCAAAAGACCUUUCAGUACCUGUGAUCCCAGAGACUACCUCAUUGAGGAGGGGACUGUGCACGUCAUCUACGGCUUCCUGGACAAACCGCUCGCCUCGCUGGAGCAGCUCAACCUGUCCCGGAUCCACACGGGGAUACAGAGGAUACUGAUGCUGCGCCCUGACUUGCCCUCUCCCACUCUGCCUCCAGAUGUGCAGACGCUGGACGUUGUCGCGCCAAAUGUCAUCAUACCAAAUCAAGAGACCACCUACUGGUGCUUCAUCCAGCAGCUGCCUGUAAACAUGCCCAAGAACCACAUUGUUAUGUAUGAGUCAGUGAUCACUCCAGGUAACGAAGCCAUUGUGCAUCACAUGGAGGUGUUUGAGUGUUCGCCGGAAAUCCGUGACGUGCCACAGUACAGCGGCUCCUGUGAUGACAAGAUGAAGCCGGGCAAGCUCAACCUCUGCCGCCAUGUGCUGGCUGCAUGGGCUAUGGGUGCUGAGGCUUUUUACUACCCGUCUGAUGCAGGGUUGCCCAUGGGUGGACCAGGCUCCUCCAGGUUCCUUCGUCUGGAGGUCCAUUACCACAAUCCUCUCCUUAUAUCUGGCCGUCAUGACUCAUCAGGGAUACGGUUGCAUUUCACCCCAAGCCUGAGGCGGUACGACGCCGGGAUCAUGGAGCUGGGCCUGGUUUACACUCCUCUCAUGGCUGUUCCACCCAAACAACAUAACUUCUACCUCAGCGGUUACUGCACCUCUAAGUGCACCCAGACUGCUUUGCCUCCAGGAGGAAUCUAUAUAUUUGCGUCCCAGCUGCACACGCAUCUAGCAGGACGUGGGGUGAGGACGGUGUUGGUGAGGGGAGGCAAAGAGCUGGAGGUGGUACAGGAGGACAAACACUACAGUACACACUACCAGACCAUCCGAGUUCUCAGAAAGAUGGUGAACGUUUUACCCGGCGACGUCCUCAUAACAAAGUGUACGUUCAACACAGAAGACAGGAGCAAGCCUACGGUGGGAGGCUUCGGCAUCAUGGAGGAAAUGUGUGUCAACUACAUUCACUACUACCCUCGGACUCAGCUGGAACUGUGCAAAACCCAUGUCGAUCCAGGAUACCUGCAGAAAUACUUUGAUUUCAUUAACAGGUUUCAAGGGAAUUCUCAGUGUGUGUGCGCAGACGUCGGCGUGACAGAGCAAUACUCACAGCUUCAGUGGGACGCGUUCACUGCAGAAGUGCUGGACUCCCUUUACAACACAGCGCCCAUCUCAAUGCACUGCAACCAGUCGAGCGCACGUCUCUUUCCUGGAGAGUGGGACAAGCAGCCUGUACCUGCGGUGACCACCGUCCUCCAAAAACCUCACUACCCGUGUGAGGGUCGAGCGCUGCCCAGCAGCCAACCCCCAGUGUGAGCUCAGGCUGGCACAGCCAGGGGAGAGGUCACAUGACCUGGGGCAAGUUAAAAGGGGCUGCAGCCACUUUAAGGCAGAAUGAAGUCUAUAGUUUCAUUUCGGGUUCUGGAAGCAACGGAGGCCUCAUAUUUAGUUUGUGUGUUAUUAGCAGAUACACAUGAAUACACAUGAUUCCUGACUGGCAUGUGCCAACCUAAACAAGUGCAACCACAGCAAAGUGCUUUUGCUGAUUCAUUACUGUCGAAUUACUUGCAUUUGUAAAACUGUAUUUUCAGUCCUUUGCUUGUACUGUACUGUAUACUGCUACGUGUUCUCUGUCUGUUAAAUAUUUAAUGUCACAAAAAUAGUAGUUGUCAAAAAACAUUUAUUCAUACAUGAAUGGCUUUGGACAGAUUUAAUGGCUCCAAAUUAAUAUUAGAAUUUAACUUGCCAUCACAACUGUUCACUGAUCUUUGUUGUUUUUUGUUUUGUUUACAAAUGGGUCCAAAUAAACAAGCUAAUCUAUGGAAGAGUAUUAGGGCCACAAGAGAAAAAAAACAAAACUCAAAUUGAAAUAAAG